AUGACGGUCGCCGUGGCGGACGACCGCCGCGCGGUGCAACACCCGCCCGCGCCCGGCAAGAUCCGCCAACCGGCGGAAACAACCCCCGGCGCGGACCGCCGCGCGCCGUCCCCUUCCGACUCCGGCAGCGAUACCACGGAGGCUGGCGACGCCGCGAACCCGAUCCAGCGCACCCCGGACGCCGUCGCGAUGGCCAAGGACGGCGCCUCCGUGCCCGCCCCCGCUCGCCCCGCGUCCACUCCCCCGCAGGUGCAGGCGGGGAACGCCAACAUCGGCGGAGCGUCGAACCCGUCGGCGGCCGUCGCUCGAUGGCCGACGAACGACGCGACCUCGCCGCCGAUACACUCGAACGCCGGCGGCAUCGCGUCCGAGCCCGCGAGCGGGGUCCCGACCCCGAUGAUCGCCAACGACGGCGGCGCGAAGAAGCCCAAACACCACCCGGCCGGGGGGUCCACCCCGCCGCACUCGCCCAACAGCGCCCUCGACCGGCCGUCGUCGGGGGACCCCUCCGACGAGGACGUCGUCGGCGAGGAGAGGGUGCCGAGGGGUGCCGAGGGGUGCCGAGGGGUCGAUGCCGUUCAAAACGUCCCCCGCGUCGCCCCCGGAGUUGUCAACAACGACGAUAACAGCGACGGCGUCAGCAGCGGCGACGACGAAAGGCUUGGACUGACGACGACGACGACGACGGUUCAUCAGAAGCUCUCAGAGAAUUCUUCCAAUCCGAUUCUCAAACCCACGACCGCCGUGAUGGCGAAGAAGCCUUCGCCGCCGCUGAGCGAGGCGGACGAGCGCGCGAGAGCCGCGUGCGUCGCGUGCUUCCGAUCAACCGACGACGCCGGUCGGCUGCGGGAGCUGCACGCCAUGGGCCAGCGCGAGCUGCAGGAGACGUUCCGAACCGCGUUCAGGCGCACCACCACGUCGAACAACAACCAGUGGCUGAGGCGGCGCAUCGCGGGGUGCAUGGGCAUCGAAGGAAGCGCGGUGGCUGGCGCGGGACCCGCCGGUCACGCGAGGCGAGCCGCGGCGGCGGCGGCGGCGGCGGCCCAAGCGGCGGCGGGCGGCGGCCAGGCGGGCGCGCUCGGUUCCAUCGGCGGUUCUCUCAUCGACGCCACGGGGGUGAGAAAAUCUUCCCGCGCCGCCAAGCCCAAGAUUCUGGACUUUCUCCCCUCCGCGGUGUGCGCGCAGGUGGCGGCGGAGGCGCCCGGGGAGUCGGCCAUCGGCAGACGCGUUCGAGUCUUUUGGCCCGAGUCGAACGCUUUUUACGCCGCGAAGGUUGUGGGUUUCAACGCCAAAAACGGCCAACACGCCGUGCGUUACGACGUCGACGGCGCCGGCGCCACCCCGCGCGAGGUGUUGCUCGCCGCGGAACGCAUCGAGUGGAUCCGCCCGGGCGACGACGAGGCGGCCGCCGCGGUGCGCGCGCCGGCGACGGCGGCGGGGGGCGGGGCGCUAAAGUCGAAAUACACGGCGCCGGCGACGACCGCGGAUGCCGCGCGGGGAACCGCGGGGGCGACCGGGGGUUCGACGGACGGCGGUCGGUCGGCGGAGAAGUCCCACCACCGCGCCGUCCCACCGAGGGCGGCGCGGUCCGGCGCGCCCAAGCUCGACUCGUACGCGCUUCCCAACCCGGGUAAGCCCGCGAAGGUGGUGUCUCUGCUCGCGCCAAACUGGCCCCAACCGCAGACGCACGUGUGGGGUCGGGUCAAGGGACACGGGUGGUGGCCCGGCGUCGUCGUCAGGGCCAACUCCGCGGAGGCUGCGCAGGCGGGCCCGAUCACCGCGAGCGACGCGCACAGCUGGCGACACGUCAAGUUCUUCGACGACACCGCCGCGGCGGUGCACCGGCACGACUUGGUUCCGUUCGGCGAGUACGUCUCGGUUUUGGCAAACGCUAAAAAAUCCGCGACGUACAGCCGGGCGCUUUCGUCGGCCAGGGCGUCGUACGAGAAGGGCGUCCGGAAGGGAUCCGAGGAUGGAUUCGACGGCGUGUGCACGCGAGAAUCCCUCGGGCUGUGCGGCUCGGACGGCGCCGCCAACUCGGGCCAAGUCGGCCAAGCCGGCCAGGGUCAACAGUCGAGGCGCGAGCCGAAGCGGUCUUCGACGGGUCGCGGAAAGUCGUUCGACCUCAACGCCGACCUCGACGCCCCGGUGGGUAUCGGCGCCGGACCGGUCGCGGGGCUCCUGCGGGGGUUCGGGAGCGACGGCGGACGGUUAGACGCGUCGAACGGGAACCUCGCCGUCGACGGCUCGAACCCUCUCGGAGCCGCGGGGCUCGGGGAGAAGCGUCCGCUCGAGCUCGUGUUCGACGACGACGCCGUCGACGGCUCGUUGAGCGGCUUCGUUCCCCCGGUUGGUGUCGGAGACUAUCCAACGUCCGCCGGUCACACCACACACGUGCAGGGAGGCGGUCAUCACAAGAGGCACAAGGGCUCAGCAGCCGACCGCGAAGGUCCCGGCCACGGGCACGCCAAUCGCAAGCUCGCCGCCGUCGGCCCCGACGGCAAGCCGUUCAAGCGAUCGCACAAGAAGGGGCAGGGGAUCAAGGCGAGGCUCGCCGCGGAAGCCGCGGGUCUUCCCUGGCCGCCUCCCAAGCCCGAGGGGCACCGCGCCCGGAACGAGCGGGCGCACCACGUCGUCCACGGGGGUUCCUACCGCGUCACCGCCGGGGCGGGCGUCAAACUCGGCCGGACCGUCAAGCCGGACUCGACCUCGCCCGACGCCGACCCGGCUCGUCCCGGGAGUAGCCCCGUCACGACGCUCGACCUCGGCCCCGACGACCAGCUCGGCGCGCUCUCGCGUAAGCUCGACGCGCUCCAGACGCGCGUCGUACCUCUGGCCAUCGCGGCGUCGCAGCACCUCCGCCGGCGGCUGCAGGCGGCGGAGUCGAGGAGCGCUCACUCGGGGGGCGAAGCCGUCGCCGUGCAUCCCACGGCGAUGAUGACGGAGCGGGAGAGGGACGUGCUCCUGGAGGAGAUGCGCACGCUGCAGCGGCUGCUGACGAUGGCGCGGCCGGGCGGCGGGGACGCGAGGCUACUUCCCCCUCACGGGCUCCGCCACCAGCGCGGGGUCCACCACCAGCAGGGGGUCCACCGCGGGGUCGCCGCUCAGUUUCAUUCGGAUCUCGGGGGCAUGGACGCGGUGGGCGCCGGCGCGAACCAGGGAGUUAGCGUGCCCAACCUCGGCGGCGAGGCGACCGGCUUCGGCGCUCUGGGUCCCAUGGCACAGAUGGGGCUGAACGACGUGGAGCUCAUCGACGCCGACGUCGUCGGCGUCGGUAACGACAUGGACCUCGUACCCAACAACGAGUCCAUCGGGGGACUUUUCGGCAUGGUCGAUACCGGCGGCAUGGUCCCGAUGGGCUCCACGAUGGUCGAUGCGCGCAUGGUUGACGAGGAUGAGGAUGAGGACGGCGGCAUGCUCGUCGACGGCGACGACAUGGUCGGCGAAGACGACGCCCUCGGCGCCAUGCUCGGACGCGAGAUCGCGCGAGAGGAGGGCGCCCGAGGCGGGGGUAGAGCCGGAGACGACGGCGACGGCGACGGACCGAUGGAUGACGCGGGCGGCCCGCCCGUCGCGGUCGCGGUCGCGGUCGACGGAGACGGCGCCGCGCGGACGAUCGGCGGAAGCGACGAUCCCGCCGUCGUCGCCGUGAUGCCGCUCGAGUCGCCGAUGGCCAACGGCGCUAAAAAGUCCAAGUCGCUUCUUCGCGACGGCGACCAGACGGAUGACGAGGACGAGGAGGACGACGAGGACCUGUCCACGGGCGUCGCGGCGUGA